AAUCAUGGAUGAUGAAGCUGAAACCUACAAGUUAUGGCGUAUUCGCAAAACUAUUAUGCAGUUGAGUCACGACAGAGGCUAUUUGGUGACACAAGAUGAAUUGGAUCAAACCUUGGAACAAUUCAAGGAAAUGUUUGGUGACAAACCCAGCGAGAAACGACCAGCACGUUCGGAUCUGAUUGUAUUGGUGGCUCAUAACGAUGAUCCUACCGAUCAGAUGUUUGUAUUCUUCCCGGAUGAGCCCAAGAUCGGCAUUAAGACAAUAAAAACCUACUGCACACGCAUGCAGGAAGAAAAUAUACACAGAGCUAUUGUUGUUGUCCAGGCUGGCAUGACACCUUCGGCUAAACAAUCGUUGGUCGAUAUGGCUCCCAAGUACAUAUUGGAACAAUUUUUGGAAUCAGAAUUGUUGAUUAACAUCACCGAACAUGAAUUGGUUCCCGAACAUGUGGUUAUGACACCUGAGGAAAAACAAGAGUUGUUGGCUCGUUACAAAUUGAAGGAGAACAUGUUGAUGAGAAUUCAAGCUGGUGAUCCCGUCUCUAGAUAUUUUGGUCUUAAAAGAGGUCAAGUUGUGAAAAUUAUUCGUUCAUCAGAAACGGCUGGUCGCUAUAUUUCUUAUCGUUUGGUUUGCUAA